CUCCCAACAAAAAAUAUCACAGAUGAAUUAAAAAACACAAACCCAACAAAAAAAAAAAUCCCAACUUUAAUCAAUCUGUAUGUACACACUCUCAAGACCAUGAUCAAAACAUCGUUCAACGUCUUCCUCCAGACAAAACUGGAAGAACAGAUACAAAACAGCGAAUCCAUGAUCACAAGCGACGCAGAAUCGGCACUGGAAGUGGAGAUCCGACCAAACCCAAGAACCCUAAAUCUAUUCCCGUGGACGAUACGGAAGACGCUGACGAUCGAAGACGUGGGAUUCUUCGGAGGGCUUCAGUUGUCGGAAGAACAGGUCGGGGAGAGGAUUUUCCGGCACUGGGAGUCGCCGGGUAGAGCCAAGGAGAAAGUAGAGAUCGUGAUGCGUGAUCUCGAUACGGACACUUAUCACAACCUGCUGUUGAGGAAGUUCCCAAAUGACAAGAACUACACGAUCUAUGAGUUUUGGAUCGAAGAGUUUGUUCUUCGGAGACAAUUAAAGAUCGGGAUGGUUAUUGGCUUGUAUUGGGAUCUCAAGGAUCGUGUCCUCUGUUUCUCUGUGCUGUAUGAUGAUGAUGAUGAUAAUGAUUCUCUGAACUGAUAU